UGCUCGCUGAUGGCUUGCAAACUUACACAUUCUCCAGCCCACUUAAAGGAUCUUUGCAAGUGAACGUAAGAGCCACCAAUGGCCUUUCAUCCUCUGAUGUCGAUGUGGACUUAGACAAGAUUCUUGAGGCUUGCCAGAAUUACUCUGACUUUUCACCGAGCACCGAUGAACAUACAGCAGAUAAUGUGAGUGACAGUGACUCUGCUGACUUGAAAAUAAUUGCUACUCCUGACACUUUGGUUGACUACACUCAGAGGGUUACACUGACAGUAACUGGAACUGAAUCAUUGCCUAGCAAAGAACUGGCAUAUGAAUGGGAAUGCAGAGAUUGCAAAUGCAAAAACAAAACAAUGGAUGAAACUCAUGUGAUUGAACGAGAAUGCCUCCCAGAUCCAUUUGAAAUGUUCAGAUACAUUUUAAGAGUAAAGAGAAGGACUUGGUUUAGGAAAUGGGGUGAACUUGGAACAGCUUCUAAAUGUGUCUCUGUUGUUCCUUCAAAAGAACUCACAGAUGUCACCAUCAGCUGUGAUAAUUGUGCUUCAAUAAAUGUGAAUGACCAGGCAAAGCUAAGACUGAGCUGUUUGACGACUUGCCCGCAUGUAGUUUGGUAUAUUGAGGACCUUAAACCUUUGACAGGUAGCCUCGGUAGAUGCUACUCCAAAGCGGGAAGACGGCCCCUUACGGAGAAGCACGAUGGCAACAUUGAAUAUACCGUUCACAGCCAAUAUCUAAAAGUCUCAAGGGACAUGCAGCAGAACAUCACUGUAAUUGCUUAUGACAAGAAGGAGCCGGGGUUUGUCAUGUACACCCUUCCUAUACCAGCCCCCGAGCCAACUGAACCACCUACAAACUCAGUAGUCACAACUGAUGCACUGAUGGAUCCCUCAGUGCCCUCAUGUAGCAUCUCCCCACCGUCGGGAACUGUGCUCGAUGCUUUUGACAUUACCUGCAAAACAACUUCUUUCUGCUCUACAGGCUGUCUCUAUUGCUUCAAGACCAACACAGGCACACAUCUACGAUGCAGUACUUCAAAUGAGGUGAGGUCAGUCUUCUUGCCUCUCGGCGAUGCCAACAACAAGUACAGUUUGUCUGUUGUGGUGACUGUGAAAAAUGAGCGAAAAACAGCAACUUCAACUGUCAUCACUCAGGUAGGGAAAGGUGACUCCAGUGCCUCCGUUAGCACUCUCCAGUCUGCAGUGGAGGACUCUGUGAGUCAGUUAGAGCAGCAAGGUCUGCUCACCGGUGAGGCGCUUGGACAAAUAUUUGCUUCUGUUUCCGAUAUGCUGAAUACAGUGAGUGGCCAACAUCAGAGGGAUGAGCGGUCAAAGCUGAGAGAGCAAAUGCUGACCAGAAUGAGUACAGUUCUGCAGGACUGCCCCAGCAACACGACUCAGGAAGUGCAAGUGACCGCCAGAGCUGUGGCUGGGCUCACGCACCGCUCAGAGGACCUCAGUCCUGCUGCUCAAGAAGAAGCGGGUUCUCUGUUGGUAGACCUCAGCUCCUCCCUCAACAGUAUCAGCGUCAAUCAGCAGAGCACAGAUGAUGUAGAACUGGUGCAAGCAGCUGCACCCAUAGUUGAAGCAGCCAGUAAUAUUUUGAAUGUUUCAUCAAAUAAAAAAGUCUCAGAGUUUCUUCUGACUGGGAUAAAUAAUGUCCAGAGUGCUCUGCUGAAUAACAAAGAGCUGAACGGAGAGCCUGCCAUUGUUGACUCUGGUCAAAUCAGUGUGUAUGUGAACAGGAUUUCUCCAAAAAGCAUGCAAAUGCUGGAUAUAAAUGCUCAGAAAAACAGCUCCUCGAGUUUUUCCUUCCCUGCUCUUCCUCCUCAUAUUGUCUCUCCAGAUGAGCCAGUGGACGUCAGAAUGAUGAGUUUUGAGAAGAAUCCAUAUUCUUGGAAGGAGGAGAACAUCACAGGAACUGUGGGAUCCGUUUCCCUCACCAGAGUGAAUGGCGAUGUCAUUCCUGUUGAGAACUUACCUGAAGAGAUAGAGAUUCUCCUACCCCGGCUUGACAGUGGACAGGAGAACAGCACAGUCCUGGACCUCGCCAAUUUCAGCACAUUAAUAAUUGACGUUCCCUCUCCGGAUGUAACACUGGUGCUGAAAACUGAGCCUUCUGAAGACAUUUCCUUCAUGCUCUUCCUGGGAUAUAAAGAUUAUCCAAGUGAUAAGGAUUAUGUAGCCAAGACAAAGAUCCCUAUAGAGAGCGCGAGAGAAGAAGAAAAAUUUACUUGGGUGCUGAGUCCCAAAGACAGAACAGAUGAUGUUGGUGUGCACUACCUUGUUAUAAAGCCCAUUGUAGAGCCAGGAAUCAAAUCCAUCAACGCCAGUGUCACUGUCAUCUCCAUUGCUGCCCAAUGCAAAUACUGGAAUGAAACUGGGUCUUUUUGGAGUGAGGAUGGCUGCAGGGUUGGUCCACUCACCACACCUUUGGUCACUCAGUGUCUCUGUAACCACUUGACCUUCUUUGGCAGCUCCUUCUUUGUCAUGCCUAACUUAGUGGAUGUGUCACGCACCGCUGAACUUUUUGCUACAUUCACAAACAACCCCGUUGUGGUGUGUUUUGUCGGAGCCAUUUUUUGUGCUUAUCUAUUGGUGGUGGUAUGGGCGCGCAGGAAAGACAUGCAAGAUUCAGUCAAGGUCAAGAUUACAGUUCUGGAGGACAACGACCCCUUGGCUCAGUAUCGUUACCUGCUGAGUAUUAACACAGGACACCGACAUGGUGCAUCCACUUCCUCUCAGGUAACCAUAACUCUGCUGGGUACAGAGGGAGAAAGUGAGCCCCACCACCUGACAGAUUUGGAGAAGCCUGUGUUUGAGAGAGGUGGGGGGGACAUGUUUCUGCUGACCACACACUUUUCUCUUGGAGAGCUGCAGAGCAUAAGACUGUGGCACGACAACUCAGGAGAUCACCCUGCGUGGUAUGUUAGCAAAGUGAUGGUGCAGGAUCUGGAGACUGGUCAAAAGUGGCACUUUCUCUGUAACUCCUGGUUGGCUGUAGAUAUGGAAGAGUGCACUCUUGACAAGGUGUUCCCAGUAGCAACGGAGGUGGAUCUAAAGAGAUUUAGUAAUCUGUUCUUCAUGAAGACAGCCAAGGAUUUCCGUGACGGCCACAUCUGGUUCUCUGUCAUUAGUCGACCUCCGUGCAGCACUUUCACACGUGUGCAGCGAGUGUCCUGCUGUUUUUCCUUACUGCUGUGCACAAUGCUGACCAGCAUCAUGUUCUGGGGCAUCCCCACAGACCCCUCUGAGCAGACGAUGGACCUGGGUCACAUCGAGUUUACCUGGCAACAGGUUAUGAUUGGAGUUCAAAGUUCAAUCAUCAUGUUCCCCAUCAAUCUGCUCAUCGUGAGUAUCUUCAGAAACACUCGUCCUCGAGAGAAAACCACCAAAGCAGAUGCAAAACAGGGGAAGACUGUCCGAGUUUCUCCCUCACAGACGUCGUCCCCACAGAAAGAGAUAAAGGACAUCACACCAGAUACCGUGAUGAAGGACAUAAAAAGAAUUGCUCAGUCACUCUCAAAGGCCAUGAAGAGCCCACUGCCACAUCUGGAGCUCCAUCAUGGUCAGCAGGCUGACAUCAACGGUCUGCUGUCUCUGGUGGAGGACAUCAUCAGACAGCAAAACCAAGCCGCUGAAGACUUCUACACUGAUUCUUCAAAAAAAGAUCAAGCUAUGAUCCUUAGUUUGGGUGCGGUGAAUCUGCAAGAAACCAGUGUGUGGGAGAGCUCUGAAAAAACUUUAGAUCUAGCCCAGAAGAAGAGCAACAAGAGCCGGUACCUGUACAGGCAACUGCAGCUUAUCGAGAAGGAGCUUGGUAUGUUGGGACCUUCUCAGUUUCCAAAUCCAGACAGCUACAACCGAGCCAUGCAGCAAGUUCAGGGAAUGAAGGGGCUUCUGGAAUACCACCUACCCAUGUCAAUCCUGGAUGGAGACAGCUGUUUCCCCGGGCCAGAGGAGAGUCUUGGUGGGAAGAAAAAAUGCUGCCAAGGAGGGCUGCCGUGGUGGUUUGUGUUUAUCGGGUGGAUACUGGUGAUUGCAACCAGUGGUGUGUCAGGAUACUUCACUAUGAUGUAUGGGCUGACUUACGGGAAAGACCGUUCUAUAAGCUGGCUUAUCUCCAUGGUGGUCUCAUUUUUUGAGAGUCUUUUUAUCACCCAGCCUUUAAAGGUUCUUGGAUUUGCUGCUUUCUUUGCCCUCGUCCUGAAGAAAGUUGACCAGGAGGAAUACGGAGAACCAGCCAUAGAAGAAAGUCUCAGAAGCCCAGAUAAUCCUGAUGCAGUCCAGGCAGCAAGAAGAGACAGCACCUGCAGUUUCUAUAAACCGCCACCUCCCACUGAUAUCGAGAAGAUGCGGAAUAACAUGAUUAAAGAGCAGAAAGUCUUUGCACUCAUACGGGAGAUUGUCGUCUAUACAGGAUUUAUGUGGAUGUUACUCCUGGUGGCAUAUGGUCAGAGGGACCCCAAUGGCUACUUUCUGACUCAACACAUUCGCAAGAGCUUCAGCAAAGGCGUCUCAGACACAAUGAGCAUUCAAGAUGUGUUCAACUGGGCAAACACGACUCUGCUGAGCAACUUGUUUGGAGAGUACCCAGGAUUUAUCACUGAUGGAAACUCAAGGCUUGUGGGCAACGCUCGUCUCCGCCAGGUGAGGGUGCAGAAAAACUCUUGCCACAUAGCUCGAUCCAUGCAGGAGUCUAUCCCGGACUGUCACACUCCGUACUCAUGGGAGCUGGAGGACAUGGGCUCCUAUGGCCCAGGUUGGACUCAACCUGUAGGUCGUAAUGCUUCAACGAACAUUCACGACCCGUGGAAGUAUAAGUCUCAGCGUAAACUGAGGGCCUACCCCAUCUGGGGCAAUGUGAAGCUCUACAGAGGAGGAGGGUUUGUGAUGGAUCUGGGGCCAGAUUUCCAAAACUCCAGCAGAAUCCUUCAGUACCUUUAUGAGAACACCUGGUUUGACGUGUACACCCAAGCAAUCUUUGUUGAGUUCACUGUGUACAAUGCCAAUGUCAACCUCUUCUGCAUCGUCACACUCAUGCUGGAGACCACAGCAACAGGAGCUUUCCAGUUCCGCAGUGAACUUCAGACUGUGCGUCUUUACCAGUCGACCGGUGGCCUUCACAUCUUUGUCAUGGCCUCUGAAAUCAUCUACUUUCUUUUCAUCAUCUAUUACAUGUUUGUUCAGGGAAAGUUGAUGAAGAAACAGAAAUGGACUUAUUUGAAGAAUAAGUGGAACCUGCUCGAGUUGGCGAUCAUCAUUCUCAGCUGGAGCGCCCUGUGUGUUUUCAUCAAGAGGACUUUACUCGGGAACAGAGACAUGAACUAUUACCAGAACAACAAAGAGCAGUUCGUGAGUUUCCAUGAAACAGCCAAGGCCGAUGCAGUGCUUGGAUAUCUGAUUGCCUUUCUGGUACUGCUGGCUACAGUCAAACUGUGGCACCUGCUGAGACUGAACCCCAAGCUUCACAUGAUUACAGCCACACUGCAGCGAGCUUGGACUGAUAUUUCAGGCUUCCUGGUGGUCAUGACCAUCAUGUUUCUGGCCUACUCUAUUGCUUCUAACCUGAUGUAUGGCUGGAAGCUGUACUCCUAUCGGACUCUGCUUGAUGCUGUGCAGACCAUGGUCAGCUUGCAGCUUGGUAUUUUUAACUAUGAAGAGGUACUAAAUUACAAUCCAGUGCUCGGUGCUUUCCUCAUCGGGUCCUGCAUCGUGUUUAUGACCUUUGUGGUGCUGAACCUCUUCAUCUCCGUCAUUCUGGUGGCAUUCACUCAGGAGCAGAUACAUCACAAGCCGUCAGAAGAGGAUGAGAUUGUGGACCUGAUGCUUAUGAAAAUCUGCAGUUUGUUUGGAAUCAAAUGUAAGAAAGAAGGAGACGGCCUGACCGGGAGGCCAGACACGUCGUCUGCGCCGAAUAACACACUCUCAACUAUUUCUUCUGGGAACAUUCAUGAUGGAUGAUAAGUGGGACAGGGAUAGAAGGUUAACAUUGUGAGACCCAUCAAAUGCUUUGCUUUAGUUCCUGCUUGCCUUCAUUAGCAUGAUUUAGUUGUCAUGUUGUUGUUGCUUUGUAACGCAAUAUUUUAACCCUUCCAAGUGUCUGUAUUAGCAUUUUUCUGUGCUGCUGCAGAGCUGGAACCAUUGUAUGAGAAGCUGAUGUACUGCAGAUGCUAGAAACUGAGGCGAUCCUUA